AUGAAGGGGGCCAUGCUUCUUGCAUUUUCCCUAACUGCUGUAGCGCAGCAAACUCUCUAUGGCCAAUGUGGUGGCAGUGGCUGGAGUGGCCCAACCCAAUGCGUCAGUGGUGCAUGCUGCAUGUCUCAGAACCCUUGGUAUUCCCAAUGCCUACAGGGGAACUGUAUGACAACUACGAGUGUGUCUACUACUAGGACUACGAGUGUGUCUGUUACUACGACGACAUCGACUGGCUCCUCACCGUCUUCAACCAGUGUCUCCCAGGGGUGCGGCAAGUCCCCGACGUUGAGCAGUGGAACACACACAAUGACGGUGAACGGUGCGACACGCCAGUAUAUCCUAACCCUUCCACAGGGUUACGAUAGCAGUCGACCCUACAAGCUUAUUUUCGGCUAUCACUGGCUAAGUGGGACAAUGCAGAAUGUUGUCAGCGGAAAUUACUACGGAGUUCAGCCACUAGCUGGUAACAGCGCCAUCUUCGUUGCUCCACAGGGAAAGAACAAUGGCUGGGCUAACAGUGGUGGGGAGGAUAUCACCUUCACUGAUCAAAUGCUGUCAACACUCCAGGGAGACCUUUGCAUCGACAAGACACAAAUCUAUUCAAUGGGGUGGAGUUACGGUGGCUCGAUGUCCUAUGCGCUUGCUUGCGCCCGUCCCAACGUCUUCCGGGGUGUUGCCGUCAUGUCGGGAGCGAACCUCAGUGGAUGUAGCCCCGGUACACAGCCGGUGGCAUACUAUGCGCAGCAUGGGGUUUCUGACACAGUGCUGUCCAUUAGCCUAGGACGUCAGAUUCGAGACACUUUCGUUAAAGAUAACGGCUGUACUGCUCAGAACCCCCCAGAGCCUGCGGCGGGAAGUGGAACACAUAUCAAGUCUGUUUAUUCCGGAUGCUCAUCUGGCCAUCCGGUGUGGUGGAUUCCGUUUGAUGGUCCACAUGAGCCGCUGGCAACUGAUAGAGGCGCCAGCUCUUCUUGGACUCCAGGCCAGAUUUGGGACUUUAUUUCACAGUUUAGUUAG